AAAAUUAUAUAAACCCAAAAGAGAUGUCAUAAGAGUAAAAAGCCCAAAUCAAGGUUUCCCCUUCUACAAGUUGGACUCUCUCUCUCUCGUUCUCGUUCUCGAUCUCUCUCUCUCUGUAAAACAAGAUGACUAUAAUGAGCCCCGAAGCAUCGUCUCAGAGAACUCUGUAUCCGUAUGUGACUGGUACUUCUGUGGUCGCCAUCAAAUACAAGGAUGGGAUCCUCAUGGCUGCUGAUAUGGGAGGCUCCUAUGGCUCUACAUUGCGUUACAAGAGUGUAGAGCGAAUGAAGGCAGUUGGAAAGCACUCGGUUCUAGGUGCUAGUGGGGAAAUUAGUGAUUUCCAGGAAAUUUUACGCUAUCUUGAUGAGCUUAUCUUGCAUGAUAACAUGUGGGAUGAUGGUAAUUCUUUGGGACCUAAGGAGGUGCACAACUAUUUAACUCGUCUUAUGUAUAAUCGUCGCAAUAAGUUUAACCCAUUAUGGAACUCCCUUGUUCUCGGUGGAGUGAAAAAUGGGCAAAAGUAUCUGGGAUCGGUCAGUAUGAUUGGUGUACAUUUUGAGGAUAAUCACGUGGCAACCGGAUUUGGUAAUCAUCUGGCACGGCCAAUUCUGCGUGAUGAAUGGAAAGAAGACUUAACUUUCGAAGAGGGUGUCAAGCUACUGGAGAAGUGCAUGCGUGUUCUUCUGUAUCGUGAUAGGUCUGCUGUUAACAAGCUUCAGAUAGCAAAACUCACUGAAGAGGGUAUGACAAUAUCCCAGCCUUACUCUUUGAAGACUUUCUGGGGAUACGGGGCUUUUCAGAAUCCCACAGUUGGAGCUGAAGGGUCGUGGUAACCAGCUAGUAUACUAGCAUUCUAUGUUUGUGAAACACUGUAAUUUUUUUGUGGUUUAGGUACCUGCCAGCUACCAUUAACAAUAUGUGUGUUUGAAUUUGAAUAUCUUCCGAGCUUUCUAUUAUGCAUUUUCUGUGGAUUCACAACACCUGUUUAUUUUUCUUUGAAGUGAACAUGGUUUACUUGGA